AUGAGUGAUGGCACCGCUACCUUCAAUCCAGCAGACGGCUACUGGGAGAUCACAUGGAGGUGGUCCGCUGGUAGUCCCCCCAAAGACCGAGUCGGUAGUGGUCUCGGUGAAUACUCACGCAAGAAGCUCUCUGAAGAACAAGAGCAGCUGUUUCGAGCUGAGGUGCAGAUGUGGAUUGACCAAGGAUGGCUAGUACCACACGAUGCUGAGGUGCAUGGUUCACCCAUUGCAGUCUUGCCACUGCUUGCUAAUUGUCAGGAGCACAAACUGUCGACUCCCGUAAGGCCUUGCCUUGACUACCGUGCUCUCAACCAGCUCAUUGUGUCAAACCCCGGCAAUGAUGUGCCGGUCUGUCCCGAGAAAAUCCGUGAGUGGCGUCAACGUCCCAGUGAGUCCACUGUUCUCGACAUUCGGAAAGCGUAUCUCAACAUCCGUGUCCAUCCCAGUUUGCUGCCAUACCAGACCGUCCUUUGGCAGGGGAAGACGUACGUGAUGGAGCGCAUGGGCUUUGGGCUUUCAGUAGCGCCCAAACUCAUGGAUGCUAUCGUGAAGUAUUCACUCCGAGACUUUGGUUCGGCUGACAACUUCAUCGACGACAUUGUCGUUCCUUGUGACCAAGCGGAUGCGGUAGCUGAUUGUCUCGCUUCCUAUGGCCUGCCUACAAAACCUGCCGUGCCGUUCCCAGUUGCCACAAUUCUCGGUCUUCAACUCUCUGCGGACGAUAGUGGCAAGCUGUCCUGGAGGAGACGACAAGAUGUCGAUCUGAGCGAAUCACCAUUGAUGACCAAGCGUGAUGUGUUCAAGUGGUGUGGGAAGGCAACCAGUCACUACCCCGUAGCAUCAUGGCUGCGUCCACUGUGUUCGUGGAUGAAGCGCUUGGCAUGUGCUACCGCUGCACCCUGGGAUCAACCGUUGCCUGAUGACUUGCAACGUCUCUGCGAGGACGCUCGCAAGCGUGCCCUGCAGGAAGACCCUGUACACGGUGUGUGGUCUGCCCCUGCUGGAAAUGAUUGGUCUGUCUGGUGUGACGCAUCCGACAUUGCUUACGGCUGCGUGCUGACUGCAAACGGUCAUGUGGUGGAGGACCAGGCUUGGCUCCGGAAGGAGGACGACCGCCGACAUAUCAAUGUGGCAGAACUGGACGCUGCAGUGAACGGUCUCUCUCUUGCAGCCAAGUGGAACUUGUCACGUGUAACGCUGUACACUGAUUCCAAGACUGUCUACGGUGGGCUCUCUGGCAAGCUGGAGGCAUCACAUCGCGUCAAAGUUGGUGGAUUGCAGGAGGUCGUGGUUCAGCGCCGCCUGCAGAUCCUAGACGACAUGGUGGAGGCCACAGGUAUGAGCGUGUCUGUCCAAUGGGUGCCGUCAGCAAAGAAUCUCGCUGACCGUCUUACCCGUGUUCCCAGCCCAUUUGUGCAGUGCUGGAAGACAGUACAGAAGUCCAAGACUCCGUCCGUAAGUGCUGCCGCUCCUGCAGUACCUCGCUGUGUGCCCUUGCCAGAAAUCGCGGCACAACAACAGCUAGAUUCGGUGAUCCAUGCGACUAUUGCUGAACUGUCUGCUGGUGGAGAUGUGUCCGCUACGGAAUUCGCCAGGGUGAAGUCGCAGCUCACGACUUGUGACGGCAUCUUGUUCCGUACUGUCAAGCUCCCGCCCAACGAUGUCAAGUCUGUGCCGGUGGUACCUGUUUCCUUGUGUGAUCAGGUCGUCAGCUCUGCUCAUGAGUCCACUGGUCACAGCAGUUGGGAGACUACUUACCAGUUUCUCCGGUCUACCUGUUACUUCCCGUGUAUGGCUGAGGCUUGUCAGCGGUUUGUGCAGCAGUGUCCCCAAUGUGCAGCUGCCAAUGCUGCCCAAGGUCCCUGUGCUCCUCCUACUCGUGCAGUUAUCGCUGAUGGUCCCUGGGAUGUUGUCCAGGUCGACACACUGGAGCUUGGUGGCGGCAACUCGUUUCAUUGCGUCUUAGUGUGUGUUGACACCUUCACCAAGUGGGUGGAGGUGGUUCCCCUUCGGCAUCAUGAUGCUGCCAGUGUUGCUCAUGCGUUCGUCUCUGUUUGUGCUCGGUGGGGUCCGCCCCGGUUGCUUCGCUCCGACAAUGGCACAGAGUUUGUGAAUGCCAUCACUGAUGCGCUGUUUUCGAGGUUUGGCGUCUCCGUGCAGCGUGGAGCAAUCCGUCACCCUCAGUCGCAGGGAUCUGCUGAGCGGUUUAACCGCACCCUGCUCACGUUGAUCCGGAAAGUGCUUACCGACGCCGCCGACUGGAGGGCCGAGUUGGAUUUGCUCCUUUAUCACUACCGGAUUCGACCCCAUGCCGUUACAAAAAUUUCACCGAUGCAUGCCAUGUGUGGCUGGACGCCACGAGAUCUGAUUGUUGAGAGUGUGACUAAUCCGGUCUCUCUAAGUACAUGGGUGCAUGGCCUCGCGCAGCGUAGUGCUCGUAUCCGUGAUCACCUCGAUGCUGCCUUGUCCGCUGUCGAUUUCCAGGAAUCCAAUUGGCAGUGCCCGUACGCUGUCGGGGAGAAUGUCCUCUUUCGUCGUCCUGCGCGUCACCAGAAGUGUCUGUCGCCAUUCGAAUCUGGCUGGCAUGUGAAGCACCAAGUUUCCCCAUCCACUGUUGCCAUUGCCCGUACUAAUGGUCAGGGUGAAAAAGUCGUCAACAUUGACUUGCUCAAGCCCGUCUAUCAUGCUGCUCCUCCGGGGGAUGAUUUGCUCAUUCCUGAUGCUGCUGCUCUGAAUGCUGUCCCGGUUGUUCAGUGA